AUGUCCUCACCUUCUGCUCCAUCGGUAGGCGGACUUGCCCCGUCCAGUCUUGAACAGAUCUUACGACUACGGCAUGAGAGAAAUCAACGAACACCAAAAUGUGCCCGUUGCAGGAAUCAUGGGACCGUCUCAGCGCUUAAAGGUCACAAGCGCUACUGUAAAUGGAAAGACUGUAUGUGUGCGAAAUGUACGCUAAUAGCGGAAAGACAGAGGGUUAUGGCUGCUCAGGUUGCUCUUCGUCGUCAGCAAAGCCAGGAAGAAAAAGAAGCGAAAGAUCUUCAGAUCCUUCUAGGCGGAAACGCCGGCGAAUUACUGGAUAUUUUACGUAGGACCGAACAAUCUUCUAUGACUUCGGCUGUGGACAACGACGGAAACGAGUGUUUAUUGGUGACAAUGUUGGAAAACCGUUCAUGUGACCGACAAACAACACAGCACGAUGGCCGAGUGGUUAAGGCGUUGGACUUAAGUUCCAAUGGACAGAGCUCGUCAAGUGAACCGUUGCCAAUGGCUCAGAAAAAACCCGAUGAUGAGAAAAUCGAUGCAAAUCGCAGUUCUCCGUCUAGUCCUCCACGAAGUGAACAGAGCCCGACCUCCUCUUCGCCCAUCGGCGCCUUCGCAGCACCAAUCUUUCGAACGCCGCCGUUCCCUAUGCCGAUCUUCAAUCCGCUCUUCUACCAGAGGAAUAUGAUGCGUUUCGCUGGAGUUCCCGCGUUCUCCUUCCCAGGACUGAUGUCGGCGCCCGGUGCCGACACGUUCCCCAGCCAACAAGUCGAUCCGCUCUUCUCGCAGAGCGUUCCGUUAGACUUCUGCCAGCGAAAAUCGAGAGCGGACUAA